AUGUCAGAUUUAAAGAAGGUAGAAUCAAGCAGCGUUUCAAUUAAAUCAACCACGUCGACCAUUUCAUUCACUGGUUCAAUAAGGCUGAAAUUAGAUGUGUUGAAAGAGAAGAUACAUAGAUCAAAUGAGCAAAGGAAGCAAAACAGGAUGGAGCAGACUAGUAUGAGGACAAUUACUGAGUAUUUGGCUUUGAAGUGA